AUGGCAACAAUAGGUAUUGCAUUUAGACGGUUCUGGCAAAGUGAAACUGGGCCAAGAACUGUCCAUUUCUGGGCCCCUACUUUGAAAUGGGGGUUAGUCAUCGCAGGCAUUUCUGACAUGAAAAGACCCGUUGAGAAACUAUCAGGCGCACAAAAUUUAUCCUUACUAGCUACGGCAAGUAUCUGGAUGAGAUGGUCAUUCGUUAUCUUACCCAAAAACUAUUUAUUAGCUACGAUUAAUUGUUUUCUAGCAUCAACAGCGGGGUACCAAAUCUUCAGAAUCACAGAUUAUAGACUACGGAGUGGUGAUUCGAUGAGUCAAGUGUUUAAAUACAUUAUUUCUGGUCCGGACUCAACAGAUUCCUCCAAGAAAUUAAUUACAACAACGACGUCAACUAACGGAAAGGAAGCUUUAGCCUGA